UAGCACUUUGCAGGGAAAGGGUGUUGAUAAAACCCUAAUUGAACCCUUCUUCUAAAGUUGUGUGGCAGUUGCAGCGCGGUGGUUCACACUUCACACGGAGAACGGAGUCGGAGGAUCCGUUUUCGCAUGCCUGCAACCCCACCGAGUAACAAAGGAAGAAUCUCUACCCUCUUCGCUUUCACUUCUCGCCAAGUUUAGUUAAGCAACCAGACAAUGAAGCACACUGACAAUGGAACUUUCAACUCGGAACACAAAGUUCUUCUUCACCAAUCCAUUGCCCGUUACUUUAAACACAGUGGCUUCUCCAAAACCCUAAAAAAGUUUCGCUCUGAAGCGCAAUUCGAGAAAAAUGAUUUGAAGGGAUCCCCAGUUGAUCUGGAAGAAAUGUGCCUCAAGUAUUUUGAAAUAUGUGGCAAAGAUGCCAAGUCAAAUCUUAAUGAUCAGAAUGAGCAAGUUGCAGGUGUCAACAGCAAAAACAAAGAAGAGGGUAAAUCCAAGGAAAAGAAGAAAAAGAAAAGCAAGUUAGUUUCUGAAUCUCUUGCCACUAAUGUGGAAGAUGAUCAAUUAGAGUCAGUAGCUACUGCUAAAGAAAAUAAAGAAAAGGAUGAUGUUUCUACAGAUGCCAAAGUUAUUAAUGGUUCUGAGACAGAGAAAAAAUCCAAGUCUAAAAUGAAAAAGAAGGACAAUCGAAGUGAUGAAGGUGAUGCAAUAGAGCAGAUUGGAGAUCCCAAUGAAACUGUUUCAAAGGAAGAGAAUAUUGAAGCAAACAAAGAAAUUACACAUGAGGAGAAGAAAGAUUCUAAGAAAAGAAAAAGAUCGAUUUCUGAAGAAAAUGGUCAACAAGUUGCAGAUAUAAAGGCAGAUGAAGAAACCAAACGCAGAAAAAUAGAAAAUUUGAAUGAAUCUGAGGAGCAAACCAAUGGGAACCUUGAGAAGGCUGGAGAGAAAUCUUCUGUACAGAGUUCUCAGAAGAAACAACAAAAGGGAUCAGUUGAGAAAAAACCAGUUAAUGCAGCAUUUCAGCGAGUACAAGUUGACAAGAUACAAUUUGCUGAUGAGAGGCUUCAGGAUAACUCUUAUUGGGCAAAGGAUGGUGCCGAGAAUGGUUAUGGUGCUAAAGCAGCAGAAAUUCUCGAUCAAGUUAGAGGAAGGGGUUUUCGUCAUGAGAAGACUAAGAAGAAACGUGGAAGCUACCGGGGAGGACAGAUUGAUUUACAAUCCCACUCAGUAAAGUUUAAUUAUUCUGAUGAGGACUGAUUGACGAUAUUGUUUUAUUUUGUGGGGGACUGCGCAGUAUUGUACUAUUGUUGUCCUUAUUUCGUUACCAUCAGACACAAAGCGAAUCAUGCUGCGGAUAUGAAAUUUGUGAUGGGGGAGAAUGUUACAUCCAAAAGACAUUGCUAGGUUCUGGUAAACAAGUUGACUUUCACCUGUAUGUUUUCUUUGUGAUUUUUGCUGUCCGUUCCCAAAGGAACGAGAAUUUUUGUAGCUGGCAAAAUGAAGACACCUUUCUGUCUGAAUUUGUGAUACUAUAUACCAUGCAGUUUUAAUUUUAAGGCCGUGAAAUUUCAGUAAUUGCUGCC